CACCGGCCAGUGCGGUAGGUUCACGGCGAAGAGGUGGAGAGUACAGCGGGGCUGGAGAGCUUGGUGUGAAGGCUCACAGGGUUUCACCCCCCGCCUUCUGACGACUGGAGCUUCAGACCAGUCAGGAGUUCCUGUUCGGCCUGAGAAGGACUUUUCUUUUUCUUUCUUUCAAACACACACUGUCUUACUAUUUACUUCACAGAUACGCACUGGAGCUCCAGCGUCCCCCUGCUGCGCUUGUUUGCGCUGAGGUUACACCGGGGAGCAGUGCACGUCAGCGGACUCACUCGGGAGGAGACCACGGAGCCGAGCGUGUGAAUGGACCGAGGUUAUAAGGCACCAGGGGAGCAGUGCACGUCAACUCUGCUCUGACUGCAGCAUCAAUAACACCUAUUACACCGUCCAGCAGCAGCAGCAUGCAGUGAGAGGAGCUCUUUCAGAUGCUUUCCCACUCCACACAGUAAAGGAAAGGAGGUCGGAGGGGAGGAGGAUUUAUGGGACAUUUGUUGGAUUUUCAUCACCCCGUCGUUGCAAACUUGUGACCGGGAUGGGGAAGGAGCAGGAGCUGCUGGAAGCCGCCCGGACCGGGAAUGUGGCCCUGGUGGAGAAAUUAUUGAGUGGGAAGAAGGGGAUUCUGGGGUCAGGCUCCGGCUCUAUCCCUCUGCCUAACCUCCUGAGCAUGUGGAAGGGCCUGAAUGUCAACUGCACAGACAGCUCAGGAUACACACCUCUACACCAUGCCUCACUUAAUGGACACAGGGAUGUGGUACUAAAGCUUCUCCAGUUUGAGGCGUCCACAAACGUGGCUGACAACAAAGGAUGCUUCCCGCUGCACUUAGCCGCCUGGAGGGGGGACGUGGACAUUGUCCGCAUCCUCAUCCACCAUGGAGCCUCACACUGCCGAGUCAACCAACAGAACCACGAGAGAGAAACAGCGCUUCAUUGUGCAGCCCAGUACGGACACUCGGAGGUGGUUUCAGUGCUGCUUCAGGAGCUGACCGACCCCGCCAUGAGGAACAGCCGGCAGGAGACGCCUCUGGACCUGGCAGCGCUGUACGGACGGCUUCAGGUGGUACGGAUGCUGGUGAGCGCUCACCCCAACCUCAUGACCAGCUACACUCGCCAACACACCCCGCUUCACCUCGCUGCGCGUAACGGGCACCACAGCGCGGUCCAGACGCUGCUCGAGGCCGGCAUGGACGUCAACUGUGUGACGGAGAAUGGCAGCGCCCUCCACGAGGCGGCUCUCUUUGGGAAGAUGGAUGUAGUUCGCCUUCUGCUUGACUCAGAGAUCGACACCAAUCUGAGAGACUGCCAGGGGAGAACAGCUCUGGAUAUCCUGAGAGAACAUCCUGCACAGAAAUCCCAGCAGAUCACCGCUGUUAUUCAAGAAUACAUGAUGGAUGACAUGGAGAGGAGGAGCUUCAUGGAGGAGCCCAUCCGCAAGUGUCCCGUUCCUGCUCCUCGAACAUCCGUCCCCUCGCCCUCUGCCUCCCCCUCCCUCAGACACAAGAAUGACGCUGUGACAAGCGAGCUGUCCAAGCUGCUCCACGAGAUCAAAAAGUGCCGGGACAGGGAUUACUCCUUCGAGGAGCUCUGCCACACCAUCUCCUCGCACUCCAUGGACAGCUUCGGCAGCGGGCGGCUGUCUGACGAGGAGCGGCCGGAUCGACCCAACGGCACCCUGACCCGGGUCAGCAAGAGGCCGACCCCGCCGCUUCCUCCAGCCUUUGAAGAGGACGAAGCAGAAAAGAGUUGUGGCCCCACGGGAUUCUGGGAGGCCCUGACCCCCUGCAACGGCUGCCGCAACCUGGGCUUUUCCAGCUUAUCACAGAAUUCAAAGCACUCUGCAGAGAUCGUCACCUCUCCAUCUCUGGAUGUGUUCCUACCAGAAGACGAGGACAACCCGUAUGAGUCAGUGACCACAGCUGUCACACGCAAGCCCUCCUCGCUCGAUAUCAACCACCGGCUCAACGCCUGUCCACGCAAUGGUCACUCGUCCCAUGUAGCGACGAGUGAGGGGGAGCAUGGUAACCAUGGCAACUGUUCGACAGGCCCGACUCCAGACUGCUCCCCCCCCUCCCCCGACACAGCCCUGAAGAACAUUGAGAGAGUCAUCCGCCCACAGCCUAAGCAGCGCACCUCUCUGUCCUCGUCCCUGGACGUCCAGAGGCCGGUCAACCACAGCUGUGAGCCCAGCGAGGUGAGCUCGUCUCUGGGCUACGCCAGCUUCAGCACCAGCCCCCCGGCCAGUCCCCCACUCAGCCCCAACCAGGAGGACUCUGCAGGCUCCAACGACGACUGUCAGCUCACAGACGACGGGCCGUACCAGCGAGACCCGCCUCCUCCUCCCCCUCUCUGCUCUUCCUCUGCAUCCAACGCUCUGCUGGAAGAUCGCAGAAAAAGCCACAUCCCAGAGGAGUUUGCAGGCCUCCUUCAUGGAUCCUCCCCAGCAUGUGAAACCCCUGAUACGCCUUAUCACCUUUACAGCCCCAAACCUCGCAAAUAUGCCUCCACAGACGUCCGGAGCAGUCUGCUGCAGACCCCUGAGUUCAACAUCGUGAUCGGAGGGGGAUCCACGCAGGUCCUCUCCAGAACAGAGGGCGAGUCGUCGCCUCAGAGGACCGCCAUCACCGACCCCCAGAAGCCGCAGGUGGUAUAUCGAACUGUCUUCCACACGAAGGUCAACCAGGACCAGGCCCAAUCUCUGAACUGUGAGCAGCUGGAUCAACCUCGAGGCUGGUCUACGCUGGGCCGCCCACCCUCUUCCUACUCUGAUCAAAACGGGGAAGUUCCAGAGUUGCGAGGAAGUGUGCUAAAAGGCAGUACACCAGGAGCAGGCUACGAAGAGAGGGCCUGCACCCUGGGGAGGAUGAGGUCCAUGCCCCGCAGCGUGUUGGACCUGCAGCUCACCAAGUCUCUGUCCAAAUCUGAUUCCAACCUGGUAGCUGUGUCUCCCAUACAGGAGGAGCACAGCUGGGGGUCUGGGUCUCGUGGCCAGGGCCCCGGGAGUCCCAGCCCAGGGGAGGGAGCUAGUCCAGGAGCGAGACUGGAGAGAACACCCUCCUUCACUGCUGAGUGGGAAGAGAUUGACAAGAUUAUGAGCUCCAUUGGGGCAGGAAUAGGAAGUGGAUUGGACAUCAAGGACGACACCAAAGGUCCCCGCUGCCCGCUGCAGUCCGUGGGCCAGUGGCUUGACUCCAUCGGUCUGGUCCAGUAUGAGAACCACCUGCUGGCCAAUGGAUUUGACAACGUCCAGUUUAUGGGCAGCAAUGUGGUGGAGGACCAAGACCUACUGGAGAUCGGAAUCCUCAACUCAGCCCACAGACAGCGCCUCCUGCAGGCCAUACGGCUGCUGCCCAGGGUUCGACCGGUUGGCUAUGAUGGCAACAACCCCACAUCUGUGGCAGAGUGGCUGGAGUCGUUGGAGCUGGGCGACUACACCAAGUCUUUCCUCAUUAAUGGUUACACCUCCAUGGAGCUGGUCAAGAAGAUCUGGGAGAUCGAGCUCAUCAAUGUAUUGAAGAUCAAUCUCAUCGGUCACAGAAAACGGAUCCUCGCCUCGUUGGGGGACCGGCUACACGAAGACACCCCACAGAAACCUCCACGGGCCAUCUCCCUACGGGAGCCUGUAGGGAACCACACUCCUCCCCAACUCAGCCCAUCGGUGGGCCAGGCGGCGUACACGGCGGGGGUCCCGGGCGGAUCUCUGGACGUGCAGCACCUCAUCAUGCAGGCGGACGCCCGGCGCAGGCAGCGCAGCAAUGACAACUACUUUGAGGACGUGCCGCGAUCCAAGCUGGAGCGACAGAUGGCCCAAGUCAGCAUGGCAGGCGAGUGGUGCGAGCCGAUCACGUUGCGUCCCCCUAACGAGGCCACCUCGUCCACCCCGGUGCAGUACUGGCAGCAUCACCCGGAGAAGCUCAUCUUUCAGUCCUGCGACUACGAAGCUUAUUACCUGGGCUCCAUGCUGGUGAAGGAGCUGAGAGGAACGGAGUCAACACAAGAUGCCUGUGCUAAAAUGAGGAAGUCGACAGAGCAGAUGAAGAAGGUGCCGACCAUCGUGCUUUCCGUGUCCUACAAGGGAGUGAAGUUCAUCGACGCCACAAACAAGAACAUCAUAGCAGAACAUGAGAUUCGUAACAUCUCGUGUGCGGCUCAGGAUCCGGAGGAUCUGUCUACAUUUGCCUACAUCACCAAAGACCUCAAGUCCAGUCACCACUACUGCCACGUCUUCACUGCUUUUGAUGUGAAUCUGGCGUACGAGAUCAUCCUGACGCUGGGCCAGGCCUUCGAGGUGGCCUACCAGCUGGCCCUGCAGGCUAGGAAGAGCGGCCACGGAUCGUCCACACUGCCCGAGAGCUUCGACAGCAAGCCCAGCAAACCCGUCCCAAAACCUCGAGUCAAUAUCCGCAAAUCUAUGGAGCAGCCGUCCAUGGACCAGAAGGGCCACGCCAACGUGCCGUGGAUUGUGGAGCCGGGUCAGGAGGCCAAGAGAGGAGUCAACACCAAGGCAAUGCCGGACGCUCAUGUCUAUUACUGUGGAAUGCAAAGAAUGUAGCCAGCCCUAAACACGGACCUUGUCACACACACAAUGCAAAAUGGACUACAAAGGACCUUCUUGCUCACUUUGCAAAGGACUACAGACAUGGACGCUACUCCACAGUGUUUACGGUUGACUACAGAAUUUAACAUUCAUCCACAUGAUGCUUGACACAGUUUAACAUAUGAAUGCACACAACACACCACCAGGACUGCAUAUUGACAGACACCAGUCUGCUCUGAAUGUACACUCAUUUGAAAGCAGCCUCAACUUUCUUCAGCUACAUCAGGAUCUGUUUAAUGCGCCCAACUUAGAGGCGUGGCCUGUGAACAUUUGGGCGGGCACAGGGUCUCCAUGGAUGCCGAUUAUGGUGACAGGGCAUCUGUCGGGCUUUACUAAAGGGCACUACUGGGCAUGUGUCAGGGUUGGAAUGGGCAUGGGUUCGAGGAACGGCUCUUUUGAUCUUUUUUUAUUUUCUUUAAAGUCAGAAAAUAAUACAGAGAUAUAUGCACAAGCGUGUAAAUGUGAUUGGAUGAGCUACAACGCACUCAAGAUGCAACGUGUGAGUUUAUCAGGACAGAUGAUGAACCUACGUGAACAAAUUGCAUCCGGCGUUUAAAAAAAUAUAAAAAUAUUCUAUUGGUAUUGCCCGACAUUUUAAUGUUUAAUAUGAGAGUAUUAUAUUACCAUGAUGACUAUGAUUAUUCUUGUGCAAUUCUUGUCUACUGUUGUCUUAAUGUCACAUUAUUUUUCUAUGAUAUGAUGAGAUAAAAAACCUUGGGCUUGAGAAUGAUGGCCAUCCUUUAAAAAAAAUCGGAAACUAGAUGAUCAUACUUGUACACAGAGUGAAUGUUGCAGGUGGCUCGCUAACUCUUGUCAGGUCAAGUCCUCCAUCAUGUCUCAUGGGGCUCUACUCUUAUCUAGCAGAUGUACUAUUUUAAACGCAGUAUUACUGUAUUAUUUGGAUGAGACGUUAUCCAAUUAUAAAUGUACAUAGAUAUUUUGCCAACUCAUUGUUCAUACAUGUAAUGUAAAAGAGAAAAGAAUAAAGGACUUGCAGUACGUGGCACUGGAAACAAGGUACCAAAAUAAAGGUUGGAAAUAAAAAAGGAUGGUGGAUCGUAGAGAUUGUAUUUUGAGUGAAGAUGGAUUAUUUGGUGACAUCACUGCUGACCAACUUAUGUACAUAGGCUUGGGCUUCCAGCACACUGAUUUUUGUAAUUUUGGCCAUUAUUUAUAUCCUUGUAAAGCACAUGGAUUAAAAUAUGACUUGUAAAACCAUGA